GCCGGUGAGCCCGUCAGUACUGCCAAAGUGGAGGACCUCCUCACACCACGCACACGCAGCACGCAGUUGAACAAGUUUUGAUUCAUCCAUCUUUUUUUUUUUUUGAAAUUAUUAUUAACCAACAGUUGUCUCAAUUUCGACAAAGAAUUUUUGUUUGUCCCCGAGCCGUUCGAGAAGUUUCAACAACAAUCGCCGAGUUUUUGAAUUAUCUUUUGUUGUUGUUGCGAAAUUCUUUUGCGCUUGCGCCGAGUGACGAGAGUGAACGACCAGCUCACCAACUCGUGAGAGUUGUUUGUUUUGUGGGACAGCACGAACAUUUCCUCACAACUUCCGCCGUUGUCCACGGAAGAACGAGAACACCAGAACCCAAACGGGACGAGUUAGACUUUCUCCCACGCAAAGAAGCGCCCCCAAUAUUUCUUCAACUUUCAAAAAUAAAAACCGGCGAAAAACAAACAAACAAAACGAAUUCAUUUACUUCCCGAAACUCGAAAUAUCUGAGUGGACACACACACACAAAAGGGACAAGAGAAAAAAAGAGUUUGUCCCUUUUUUUUUUUUUUUUUGAAUUUCUUUUACCAAGAAAAUUAUCUCCGGGAACACUGACCCGUACGAAAAUCGAAUCAACCCGAUCGCAAGUUCAAUGGGAAUUCUUCAAGGCGAUUCACCUACACCGGGGCCUGCUAUGUACUGGCAACCAUAUCACAACGAGGAGACGGCAUUACGGGCUCGGCCGUCGGCUGUAACGGGAGCCUCGCUCGCCACAGACGGCCACAACAACAACAACAAUAACGAGUCGACCGACACGAAAAUGAUUCAACAACAUCAAUCGAUCAGCAACAGCAGCUCGAUGUUGGAGCCGAAUUUUUAUCAUCAUCUCGAGCAGCAACAACGUCAUCAGCUCUUGCCCGUCCAGCAUCUGAUCAAGGAGGAGCGAGAUGAAUCGUCUGUAACUGCUGAAGAUGAAUCGAUCACGUCGAAGAAAGCGGCGACGCAAGAGCUCCCUCACGAAACUGGCUCCACAACUGUGGAGCAACAGCGAACGGGAACGACUGUGACGACGGCAGCGGUCGUUUGCGCCGGUUGCGGAUUCAAAAUCGUCGAUCGUUACUACCUGGUGGCCGUCGACAAGGCCUGGCACAGCGAGUGUCUCAGGUGCGACGAAUGCCGGCGGCCACUCGACACGGCCCUGUCCUGUUUCGCUCGCCAAUCACGCAUCUAUUGCCGCGAAGAUUACAACAGGUUGUUUGCCGGUCGCAAACAGUGCGCCAAGUGCUGCGAAACCCUGCAGCCAGACGAGUUGGUGAUGCGCGGACGGGAGCAUUUGUUCCACACGCGAUGUUUCAGCUGCCACAUCUGCCAGACUCAUUUGAUUAAAGGAUCCACAUUCGGUAUGGUCGGUGCGCUCAUUUUUUGCCAGCAGCACUACCAACAAGGAACCGUCCAAUCAGGAUUCGGCCAUCCCGGUGGCCGAGACAACAAUAACAUGCCGAUCCAACAUCCGUCAUUCCCGGUCCACAAUGCAUCGGUAGAAGCUUACAUGACUCAUCAUCAGGAGCCGUUUGGAAGUCCUCAUCACCCGUACGAUCCUCACGGCCAUCAGCAUUACGGCCAGCUUGUCCACCAAGCGAAACAGCAGCAGGUCACGUCCCAACAACAGCAAAAGACCAAGCGUCUACGAACGUCGUUCAAGCACCACCAACUGCGCAUGCUCAAGUCCUAUUUUGCCACCAAUCACAAUCCGGAUGCCAAGGACCUCAAACAGCUCUCGCAGAAGACCACCCUCUCCAAGCGCGUCCUCCAGGUUUGGUUCCAGAAUGCCAGAGCUAAAUGGCGUCGCCUUGUGCAGAAAACGGAAGGUGGUGCCGGUGCUAACAGCGGCGUUAACGGUGGUCUUGGCAACAAUGGCAACGGCCACAACAUGAGCAGCAGCAGCAGUAGCAGCAGCAGCAAUUGCAGUGGCAGCGGGAAUGAAACCGGUUCGCCCGUUCCAUCGUCGUCCGCUUCGCCGUCUCACGUCCGCCAACUCAGCAGCCACGGUCAUCAACAGCAGCCGAUGAUGAUGAUGGCCUCUUUUAUGGAACACCAACAGCAUCAUCAUCAUCAGCAACAUGCGAGACUGCAACCGCACCACGUGAUGACGACGUCGAGCCGCAUGAGUCUCUACGAUGAAAUCUCUCUUAGCGGUAGCUCAAGUGUCGCCUCUGUCGGAUUUCCAUCGCCGCUUUGAGAAUGGCAGAAAAAUGAACCAGCAAAGUAGCCGUUCGAAAAAGGGGAAAAUGGCAAUUCAAAAUCGAUGAUCAAACGCGCAUACGAUGAUAACAAUACGAUAAACAUAAUCACGAAACACAAUAACAACAAAGACAAACAUGGACGCGUAGUAAAGUUAUCCUGUAUCCCUUCUUUUUGUGUCUGUCUGUGUGUUUACCUAUCCGUUAUAAUUCCAGUUUUCCUACUUUUUGUUUUGCAUUGUAACGUCCUUAGAUCAUAUUCAUUUAUUUGAUAUGUCGCCUCUCAACGAAAAGAUGAUGUACAGAUUAUUAUUAUUACAAAUACAACACCCCCCCUUUUUUUUUGAUCCACUUAA